AUGAGAUGUCAGGAAGCACGCGAUUCCCCUGUAGACGAUGACGAUGUCAAGUUUUGGGUGAAGUUUGAUGGAGGGGUUUCUGAUUCAGAGGGAAAGGGCGAGUGCCAGGACGAAGGCUACGUCCAAGUACCUAUGCCAAAUGGUUGCAAAAGAUCGGCAUGUUCGGAUAUGGGAGAGUUGGCCGCGCGUAGGAAAUUGUGGUAUCAAGAAGAAGUGAGAAACUUGGCAAAGAACGGCCUGGCCGUUUGUGAUCCUCCAAUCUUGUGUCCUGAUGGGAUGACGUUACACUGGAAGCGCCUCAAGAACGAUUCGUUUGAGAAAGAUUCGUGUGUUGUUGGACCGUCAUCUACUGUCAAACGAUCCCGUGAGAACAUGCGCGAAAACCACGGCGGACUCGGAGCAGACCUCGAAAGCGAAUCCGCACAUGAGCAGGAAGUGACGCCCGUCAUAUCGCCUUCGCUGCCUGUAGCUCCGAGUGUUGGACAACGCAGUUAUUCUUCAUCUAUGCCCCAAGGUCUAACUCCGCCUCCCAUUGCUGUGCUUGAGGUUGACUCCCCCGAACAAAACACCUCUUCGGUCAGUGAUCGUGAUGAGAUCUAUGGCAAUGAUUGUCAAGACACUGAGAAUUAUCGAAGCGAUCAUGGAGAGGAGACAGACGCAAAGAAGACGGCGGAUUCAGAGGAGGAGGAGGACGGACUCGACGAGGAUGUCAAGUCUGAUGAGUCUGAUGACUCUUCAUCGUCAAGCAUGAUCACCCGAUCUAGUCCAAACGGAAGUCUGCUUUCGAGUCAUGAGAUCGUGCCGUCCCACAUGGACCGCUCGAUCUCACACGUCAUAGAUCUUACAUUGGAAUCUGACGACGAAACAAAUGGGAGCCAGUCGUCCCGGGCAACCGCAAGAGAGCCGUCGUACGCUCCGAGCACUGAGACAGAAUCAGAGACAGAAGAUAGCUGUACGGAGAGUGACGAUACUUCUCCCGCUUCCACUUCUCCGGAGCGAUCUAGGCAAGAGUUCCGUCGAACCGCGGUUCAGGGAAAGGCUGAGGCGGCGUCGAGGUUUACUAAAUCAUCUCAUGUGGCUUCCAGACGACUCCCGGCCAAGAGGAUUUUUGAGCCUGGAACGUCGAAGGUGGUUCGUAUCAUCAAAGACGGAACGAAGAAAGGACGUCGGAUCUUCCGAAUGGGUGACGACGUUGUCACUGUGUCACACGCUGGCAGCUUGGAUCGUAUUUCUAGUGACAAGAAAUGGAUCAACCGAGCGUCUUGUGAGGUCGAUAUGGACAAACCACUCAAUUACGUAUUUGAUGCGGCGCCGCUUGACAUGGAUACCAUUAUUAUACCAUUCGAUUGCACUGCAUCUGAGGGUCGGUCCAAUAGCCCUGGCAACAUAGGGAUCUUUACCUGGACUUCACCGAUGACCAAACCUGUUGCUUCCUGGCCCACACAGCAGCCACAUGACGCGCGAGGUGUACGGGCGUUAACCACAAACAACGGUAUGCUCUACACCGGAGGCUACGAUUCCACCCUGACACUAUGGAAAUUCACCGAUGACAAAGAGGUGAAGUCCACCCAGCACUUGAGGAAGCUGCACACAUCGCGGAUUGCUGCACUAGCCUGUUCCUCGAAACGUGACUGGCUCUUCUCUGCGGGCAAGAUUCGCGGCAACAAGGCCGAGAUGGUGGCAUUGUUGGACAUCAGAGCAGAUCGACAUGUGCAAAACUUUCCAGGCUCGUACCCUGUGCAACAGAUGCAAGAACAUCCUCAGAAUCCCAAUGUCAUCCUGUGUGAGUCUGUGGCGAUCCGUGAUCAGUUCAUGCUCAUCGACGUUCGGAUCAAGAAGCCUCUCCCCAACUUCGGGGAUACUGAGGUUAGGAGAUAUGGCCCCUCUUUCGACUUCCGCACUCCUUUCUUCGGCAACACGGACGAGGUGUCGAAAACAUCCACCAAAGCUGCUCUUUGGGCGGAUCGCUUGGCCAAAGGCAUAGGAAACUACACCAUACGGGUGUGGGAUCUGAGAAAUACACAACAAUUUCAGGACGUCAAAAUUGCAAACAAAGGCGCACAUCGCACGAUUGCCCAUCUUUUGCUGGAACCGCAGGGCAUUGUUGCACUCCGGAACGACUAG